CUUUUUUGUGGCCAUGGCUCGCUGGCUGCGCAGGCUCAAUCCACUCAUGUCCGCCGCGCAGUCCGAGGCGGCCUCUCCGAUCCCGAUCUCUCCGGCGCUGGCGGCGUUCCGAGAGCGAUUGGCAAGCGAUGCGCCGGAGCUUAAGGAUUUCGUGAGCCAGGGCUCGGGUGUGGAAGGCUACUCGGUGGCGGUGGGGACGCGGGAGGAUCCGCGGCGCAAGCCGGAUUGGAUGAAGCGGAUCAUUCCAGGUGGGGAGAAGUACACGAGGAUCAAAUCGCAGCUGAGGGAGCUCAAAUUGAAUACCGUGUGUGAGGAGGCCAAAUGCCCAAAUAUUGGAGAGUGCUGGAGCGGUGGCGACACGGGCACGGCCACUGCGACGAUCAUGAUCCUGGGGGAUACGUGCACCAGAGGCUGCCGAUUUUGUGCAGUGAAGACAUCGCGAGCUCCACCUCCACCUGAUGCAGACGAGCCAGCCAAAGUUGCUGAAGCGAUUGCCUCUUGGGACCUCGAGUAUGUGGUGCUCACGAGCGUGGACCGGGAUGAUUUACCCGAUCAAGGAAGCGGGCACUUCGCCGAGACAGUGAGGAGGAUCAAGCAACGCAAGCCGGGCAUGCUGGUUGAGGCCUUAGUUCCCGACUUUCGAGGCGAUCCCGACUGCGUGGAGAAAGUGGCCACCUCUGGACUGGACGUCUUUGCGCACAACAUAGAAACCGUGCAAGAGCUACAGAGCUCGGUCCGAGACAGGCGAGCAAACUUCCAGCAAUCCAUCAACGUCUUGAAGAUGGCCAAGCUGAAAGGUCCUCGCGGGGUUCUCACCAAGACCUCGAUCAUGCUGGGCUGUGGCGAGACAUCUUCACAGGUUUUGGAGACCAUGGCCAGAGUGAGAGACGCCGGCGUGGACGUGAUGACUUUCGGGCAGUACAUGCGACCGACGAAGAAACACAUGCCAGUGUCCGAGUACGUGACUCCGGAAGCGUUCGAGAACUAUCGAAGAAUCGGAAUGGAAAUGGGAUUUCGAUAUGUGGCUUCUGGCCCAAUGGUGAGAUCCUCCUACAAAGCUGGAGAGUUCUACAUCAAAGCGAUGCUCGAUGCAGAUAGAGAGGCAGCGAUGGUUUCAUAGAAAAACAUUAAAGGUAUGAUUCUUUCGCGCGGAGAUUGAUUCCGAUUUAACACAAGCCGUCGGAUUCUCCACGUCACCGAUUCCCGCGGCGGAGGAUCGUGCGGCCUAGCGGCGCCCCUCCAGAUCCGCCGCUUGGCCUCUUCCUCUUCGAGUGUAACUCUUGGCCACUUUGGCCAAAGAGUCGAGCUCUUGAAGAGGAGGAGGAGGAAGAACUUGGGCGAUCGAACAAACGAAGUAGAAGAUCAUGGCUCGACGGAGGAAGAGCCGGAGCCGGAGCCGGGGUGGCAAGAAAAUCCGCGUGCCAAAGAUGAAACUCGCGGUGCGCGAUGCUCUGGCGUCGCUCAAAGCCAAGAGAGGUGUCACAGCUGCGGCGGUGGCCCGGAAGAUCAAGAAGAAGUAUGGAAACGAUCUCCCCAAGCGCUUCCAGGCCCAGGUGGGGCGAUCGCUGCGCGGGCUGGUCCGAGCGGGGCGGCUGGAGCGUGUGCGCGGCCGCUUUGCGGUGGCCACUGGCAAGAGUGGACGAGGCGGGCGACGUAAAAGAGGUGGACGGUCGAGAUCGAGAUCGACGUCGCGGAAGGGCGGGCGGCGCCGCCGCCGCCGGGGUGGACGGCGAUCGCGAUCGCGGUCGCGGUCGAGGAAGGGCGGGCGGCGCCGCCGGCGUCGCAGACGCCACUAGAAAAUGGUGCGGGCGCAUAUUCCUUUGACUCGUUGGUUAUUUUUGUGGUUCUUUUACGUGUUUGUGGAGGUUUUUGGUGCAGGAAUCAGAGACGCAUUCGAUGAUGAGAUCCAUGACAAGAACAUCCUUUAAUUUUUUCGAAAAUGCCACUAUUUGACGAAUAAAAUUUUGAGAUUAGAUCCGA